CGCCGGCCUUGCCGACGUGGCGGGGCGGGACCCGCCGGGCGCUCCCGCGCGCACUCGGCCGCCGGAGCGAUACUAAGAUGUCUGAUGAUGCCGGUGAUGGCGUAGCCGCUGGAGACCAAGCAGAGGUUACCAAGAUGUCCAGCAGUGAUUCUUUACCCGAGGACGUCCAAGGGCCCUGUGGCUCGGCUACAAGGUUGACUGCACCAACGCCAGCUGACCCUGGAGGGGACGUGAGUGAGAACAGAGCGGUGCAGGAUGCUGAGGCUACAGCCGCUGGGCCCCUGGAGCUGCCCACAGACGCCAGUGCCGAGGAGCCGCCCCUCAGCGGAGCUGUGCCGGAGGACGCACUUGCUGAGUGCGUUGAUUCCGUCAGCCUGGAGGCCGAGCCCGGAUCCGAGAUCCCCCUGAAAGAACAGACUGACCCGGCCGUGGACUCGGCUCCGCAGGGAGGAGGAUGGGCAGGCUGGGGCUCCUGGGGGAAGUCUCUGCUCUCGUCAGCUUCGGCCACAGUAGGUCAUGGGCUGACGGCCGUCAAGGAGAAAGCGGGGGCCACCCUCCGGAUUCAUCAUCACGUCAAUUCUGGACCUUCUGAAGGGGCCCAGCCCGAUUCCGAAAACGGAGUCCCCGAGAUAGCGGAUGCGGCAGCAGAUCCAGGCCCCACAGGAAGCCCACCCACAUCUCCUUCAUCAGGGUCUCGGGGCGUGCUGUCAGCCCUCAGCAAUGUGGUGCAAAACACGGGUAAAAGCGUCCUGAGCGGCGGCCUGGAUGCCUUGGAAUUCAUCGGCAAGAAGACCAUGACCGUCCUGGCGGAGAGUGACCCCGGGUUUAAGAGGACCAAGACGCUCAUGGAGAGAACUGUCUCCUUGUCUCAGAUGUUAAGGGAAGCCAAGGAGAAGGAGAAGCAGAGACUGGCGCAGCAGCUCACCGUGGAGAGAACCGCCCACUACGGGAUGCUCUUUGAUGAAUAUCAAGGUUUGUCACACCUGGAGGCCCUGGAAAUUCUGUCCAACGAGAGCGAAAGCAAGGUUCAGUCAUUUUUAGCAUCGCUGGAUGGAGAGAAGCUGGAACUGGUGAAAAAUGACCUCAUUUCCAUUAAAGACAUUUUUGCAGCCAAAGAAUUUGAGAAUGAAGAGAAUCAAGAAGAACAAGGUGCAGAAGAAAAGGGAGAGGAAUUUGCUAGCAUGCUCACAGAGCUGCUCUUUGAAUUGCAUGUCGCGGCCACACCUGACAAACUUAAUAAGGCCAUGAAGAAAGCUCAUGACUGGGUGGAAGAAGGACAAACCCCAAUGUCGGUAGACGUGGCCAAAGAGUCAGAGGCCGAGACCAGUGAGGAGAAGCCUGGAGACCCUCAAGAAAUCAAACAGGAUGAAAAGAGAACCAAGACGGUAGAGGAAGUGUACAUGUUGUCCAUUGAAAGCCUGGCAGAAGUUACCGCACGCUGCAUUGAACAGCUUCAUAAAGUAGCAGAAUUAAUUCUGCACGGGCAAGAAGAAGAAAAAUCAGCUCAGGACCAAGCAAAAGUUCUGAUAAAGUUAACUACUGCAAUGUGCAAAGAAGUGGCCUCCUUAUCAAAGAAGUUUACGAAUUCCUUAACCGCUGUUGGGAGCAACAAGAAGGCCGAGGCCCUGAAUCCCAUGAUCAAUAGCGUAUUGUUGGAGGGCUGCAACAGCACCACGUACGUGCAGGACGCCUUCCAGCUGCUGCUGCCGGUCCUGCAGGUGUCCCAUAUCCACACCAGCUGUGUGCAGGCGCAGCCGUGACCUUGCCAGAGCCCAUCUGGUGAGAGGAAAUGGUAGGCCACAUCACCUCGCCCUGUGCCGUUUACGGGGGGAAGGGUUGCCCUGGAACUGGACGCUGAGACUCGUGCGAGAACACUACGAGCAGCUUUGCACAGACAGUUCUGAGAAGGCCGAGAGAAAGAGCAUCAUCUUUUCUCUUAAUGUAUAUGGUUUCUGCAAAUAA